AUGGUCGUAUUGGAUACCAUCUGGCCCGCAGAUUCGAUUGAGUUUUGCCCCCACGAGAGUGCUUCUGAUAUCUUUGUUUGCGGGACCUAUCGAUUAGAACAUUCCCCCGCCGAUACUCAGGUGCACACAGAUGACAAUAAAGUAGAUUUCGAACCUACGGCGAGAAAACAAAGUCAAGUCCGUCGUGGAAAGUGUCUUGUAUUGCAAGUAACAGAGGACAGAGGAGUUUCCCAGAUUCAGGAAAUCAGUCUUCCAGCUGUCCUCGAUCAGAAAUGGUGUCAUACUUCUCGAACAGCCUCUUCAGUACUCGGAAUUGCAGACUCGGAAGGGAAUGUUACCCUUCACGAGUGGCACAAAGAAGAGAGCGUAUCCUGCGCAACCUCGGACGUUCUGUGCCUUUCCUUGGACUGGUCUACCCGAAGAUACCCCACGAACAAUCACGGUUCUCUGGUAGUUUCCUUGUCAAAUGGAUCACUGUGCGUUCUGAAUCCUGAUUCAACUGGCCAUUUGACUAUUGUCAACCGGUGGCACGCGCACGAUUACGAACCUUGGAUCGCUGCUUGGAACUAUUGGGAUACAUCCAUCGUUUAUUCGGGUGGAGACGACCUAACCAUGAAGGGCUGGGAUGUCCGACAGAAUUUUAUCCAGCCCAUCUUUACAAAUAAGCGAUUUAACGCAGGUGUAACAACUAUUCAGAGCCAUCCACACAUCGAAUAUCUCAUAGCCGUCGGAAGCUACGAUAAUAGCCCGCUGGUACCGCUCGUCCAAGGAGAUGUUGGAGGGGGUGCGUGGCGUGUCAAGUGGCAUCCGUCGCCCAGUCGUAAGGAGGAUCUCCUCGUUGCAAGUAUGCACGACGGUUUCAAGGUGGCGAGGGCCCACAACGGAGAACAUGCAACGUGGGAAGUUGUGAAGCGGUUUGAUGAUCACAAGUCGCUAGCAUACGGCGCAGACUGGUCAUUUGCUCCUCCAGGUGUAGAUGGGAAGACAUUGAUCGGGAGUUGCUCAUUCUACGAUCACAUGUUACACCUUUGGAGCGGCUAG